AUGGCCAAGAGCGAUGCGGCCGGCGCAACCGGGUCGGCACCCGCGAAGCGCAAGCGGCGGAAAACCGGCAAGACCUUCAAGAAGCGGGGCGAGAAGCGCGUCGUGCGCCACGGCGUGGUGCACAUCCAAGCGUCGUUCAACAACACCAUCAUCACGAUCGCCGACGCCGAGGGCAAGGUGCUGGCCUGGUCUAGCGCGGGCGGCAUCGGCUUCAAGGGCUCGCGCAAGGGCACCCCGUUUGCGGCGACGCAGGCGGCGAUAACGCGGGGCACGUACCGGCUCGGCUUCGCGUCCCGGCGCGCCCAGGCGGACAGCUCGUGCGCCACGCCACUCAAGCUAAAACGGCCGGUCUGCAUACCAACGUCCGUCGUUUUCGUGAGACGUGGCGACGUCAUCGCGGUCCGGCCCGCCAGUGCGAAGAACCCGGCCAUCGUCUAUGCGAUGGAGGAGGUCAAGGGCCGCGGCAUUCCGGAGUGGCUGGAGCUGGAUGGGGAGAAGCUGUUGGGCAGCCUGACAGCCGCGCCGACGCGCGAGCAGUUGAACCUUCCGGUGCAGGAGCAGUUGAUCGUGGAGCUCUAUUCCAAGUGA